AUGGACAAGGCCAUAUAUCCGCACACUUGGCCAUCAUCGACAAGCUCCCUUCAAGCUGAUUGGGAGGUGAAUGCCUCAUUUAGCUUCUUGAUAUUUGAUCAGAUUCAUGACAACUAUAAUCUAUUGAGAGAGAUGGAGCGGCGUUUCCGCAAUAUCCAGACUGAAUGGGGUUUCUCAAUUUGUAUAUCUCAUGCAACAUUCAAAGAUCCCUCUAGUGGUUACCUUGGAAUAGGUGAAUGUUUGUCCUCAUUGAAUGACAUUGAGCCUUAUAAGCACGAAAGGAAGAUUUCUGAAUUCACAAAAUUAAAGAAUGAAGUGUGUUCUAAAGAGUUUACUGUUGGGGAUUGUAAAUGGAAACUUUCGUUAUAUCCUAAAGGUAAUAGUGGACAAAAUGGCCAGAACAUCUCCGUCUUUCUUGAAUCAGUUGAUGCUGAAAGAUUUGACUGCCAAAAAAAGGUGAACUCAAUGAUCCUAAAAAGGGCUUCCUUGUUGAUGAUUGCUGCAUUGUGCAAGCUGAUGUUUCUGUAG